AUGAGAAUUGCAAAUGUGCAAAGAAGUGGAAAGACCUACGUAGAAUUAGCAAUAGUCCGUCUGUGGAGAGGCAAAGGAGCCGCGGCGGUAUACCCCCUCACCGCGUCGCUUCGUAAAAAUGGGAAGAGAAACUACUCCAUUACGCGUCACCAACAAAGCGCAUCGAGAGGAAGCGAAAAGGAAGAGGGAACAUCAUGCGCGGAGCACGACAAAGGUAUAAAAAACGCCGCCUUACACAUUGUGAGUCGAAGCCUAUCUGAAAAGACAAAGCAGCAAACACACCUGUAUAGCCACACUGACGCGUGCGAAGAAGUGAAAGAAAAACGAAUCAGGGAAAGCUUAAAAAAGUACAACUUAUUUAAUGUUUAUCUUGAGAAAAUAAAAAAAGCACCGGGACAAAAUAAAAAAAAACAAAAAAUCAUCAACGUAAAUAGCGUCAAACAUUACGAUGAAUAUGUUCACAUGUUUGACAUAGAUUCGUUGCUAAUUUAUGCGAACAACAAAUUUAAGAUAUUUAAAAAAAGAAGGAAAAAUCAUGGGAACAAAACCCUUUUCGCGCACUUUGUAAAAAUAUUUAUACGGCUGAACGUCAUUUUAAAUGAUUUUUUUUCGCAGAACGGUGAAAUAAGCUGUGGCGAGUUUUUUACAAACGCAUUUAAGACUUACUUGCAAAAUAUUCCACCUGUCAAAAGUGUAACAAAAGAAAGAAAAAAGUAUGAUCAAACUUUUUUUUUUAAAAUUUUGCAACUAGUUAAGAUUUUUAAUCAAAUCAAAUUUUUUAAGACUUUAAAAAGGGGAACUGCUUCGCAUGUGGAACACAUUUUGGCCCUCCCCAUUGAUAGAGGAAAAGGGAACAUUCGCAAAGAGGAAACAAAAAUUUUUCCAAAUGUAGACCAUCACAAAUUGUUCUACGAAUAUAUGACCAGCAACUAUGAUGAGGAUACUGAUAAAGAAAAUUUCGAUGCCCCAAAUGAUAUCAACUUCGUGAGCAGCUUAAACCUAUUUGGCGACAAAUUAGAGGAAAUAACGGGUGUAGACGAUGCAGAGGGGGUUAUUUUUCACAAGAAGGGGCCCACCAGAAAAGGAUCAGCAUAUGCGUUGGGGGAAGAAUAUGUGGACUCCUCCCCAGAGCGCAUAAAUGAAGACCUGCGCAAUUUGCCCCCUUCGAGCACCCCCCCCUUCAAUUAUCCAAAUAUGGGUGUAGAUGCUCCUCACGUUGAGAUAGUAGCGACAAACAAGCUUAAUUUCCCGAGUGACGAAGCAGUGCAUGAGGAGUUGAACAACCAUAGGAGCUUCGACUACGUGAGCUUUGCCAAAUCGUUUAUCCGUUUGUUAACAAGUUUAAUAAAACACCUACAUGACGAUGGGGUGGUCAGAUUAUUCGUUCACUGCUCCGACAUGUUCGAUAGCGAGUGGGAUGAUAACCAAAGGGAUGAUAGCCAAUCGAUUGAUAACCAGUGGAAUGCUAACCAAUGGAAUGGCGACGAAGUGCUGUCGUUCUACACCGAAAUGUACAACCGCAUCAAUAAGAUGAAAAAUAUUUCAAACAAAAACAUAGCGUACAUUUUAAGCGCAUGCAGUAACUAUCGCUUAGGGGAGGAAAAUGCGCUCCUCUUAAAAAAACUAAAAAGAGACAUCCUGUCGAAUAGCACGUAUGGAAAGGGCGGCACAAAAAGGCACUUAAACAUAUAUAACGUCACUCCAUCCCAUUUGGAGAACAUUAUUUACACUUUUGCAAAACAUAGGAUUAGAGAAAAAAAAUUAUUCACACUGUUGAGCGAAAUUGUGAAGGAAAAGUUCCACGGGUUCUCUUGCAUAACCACCAUAAACAUUCUAAACAGCUACACCGUCUUGAACUACGAAUCGUUAGUGUUUGAUUUUCUGUAUGCAAAAAUAAAGAGCUUUGAUUUCUUAUCCUUUAUGAUGUGUAGGGGGAAAAAUGUCAUAAAGCUGAUGAAUACACUGCUGCUGAUUGAGCGUCGAAACUGCAGUUCGGUUGGUGGGGGGGAGAAGGUGACGAUCUCCACAGGGAAAGACGGCAGAGAGAACCACAGUGCUUCAUUAACCGAUGCGGGAGUUUACACAGCGCUCAUGUCGGCGCUGCUGUACGAGCUGAAAACGUUUAAGGGGGUGGGCACCCGCGGUGGCGAUGUAAGUGGAGGAAGCGGCGGAGUGGACUGGAUCGAACGGGACCACCUGAAUGACCAAAGUAGUAAUAAUGCCCACCGCACGAGCGCCCCCACAGGCGAGCACUCCAUUCGCAGCAUUUACAAAAAACUGCUGAGGCUGCAAAUAAUUGGCCUGCAAAACAAAUCGGACCUGGCGAUUCUAAAAAGGAUACUCAAGAGGACGUACGGCGAGCUGGACGUGGACCAGUUGGACGAUUUUUUUGUCUUUUCAUUCAUUAACUUGAAUUUGAACAAAAUUAAUUUUCACAAGUUAGUCUUUACAUUACUAACGUAUAAUAAGUUAAUCGAGGGGGGGAGCCUCCUAAAUAAUUAUGCACAAACAAAAACAAAGUUUAUCUAA